AUGUUGGACACAAAGGCUCUGUUGUUCUCGCCACUGCUGGAACUCUUCAUCCUCAUCGCUCAUCUUGCCUUGCCCGCACGAGAAGUAGAAGGCUACGUUCGCGAUGCCAAAGACAAACCCUUGAAGUAUCGCUUGAAUGGCAUUCUCGUUCUCGCAGCAACGGUGCUGUCCUGGGCCGGCCUCUGCACCCUCGACAUUCUGCCCUGGGACUUUCUCCACGCCCACCUCUGGGAGACCUGCGCGUCUGCCUGCACAACGGGACUCAUCUGCACGACAUAUCUCGUCGCCACCAGCUCCGACCCAGGAAACCCCUCCUCGGAGACCCUCGCAUCUCAGUUCUUUCUCGGCCGCACCCUCACCCCGCGUCUCACCCUCGCAGGCCGCGUCCUCGAUAUCAAGAUGCUCCUCUACGUGAUCGGCGCCGUGCACCUCGAGCUCAACCUCCUCUCCUACGCCGCAGCGCACCACCUGUCCAGCCCGGAUGAUCCGAACCCCGGCGUCGCUCUCGCCGCGGCCUUCCUGAGCUGGUUCGUCUGCGACUACCUCUUCUGGGAAAACGUCCAGCUGUACACGUACGACCUCUUCGCCGAGCGCGUCGGCUUCAAGCUCGUGUGGGGAUGUAUGUGUUUUUACCCCUUCUUUUACCCGGUCAGUAUCGCCGCCGCUGUCACGCUGCCUAACCCUCACCGUGGGACGGCCUAUUAUGCUUUGGCCGUGGGCAUCUACUUCACCGGGUGGGGGUUGAGUCGAGGCGCGAACCUGCAGAAGUUUGAAUUCAAGCGAGCCUCAGCAGAGCGCAGAGCCGACCCUAGGAGAACGAUCCGGUCCAAGGAUGGUAGACAAGAGUUGUUUUGUGGAGGGCUCUGGGGCGUCGCGAGGCAUGUGAAUUACAUUGGUGAGAUCCUCGAGGCCGUGGCGAUCGCGCUGGCAGUCGGGCACCCCAUGACUGCGUGGACGCCAUGGCUUUACCCGUUGUAUUACGUAGGUCUCCUGGUCACAAGGGAGAGGGACGAUGACAAGCGGUGCAGGGACAAGUAUGGACCUUUGUGGGAGGAGUAUUGCCUGCGGGUGCCGUACAGACUCAUCCCAUUUGUAUACUGA